GGAUUCAAAAGUAAACAAAGUACAGGCUGUACUUUGGAGUGUGCCUGGAUGUGUCCGCAACAAGUGUCUGUGUGUUUUUCUCCCUGCCGGGACACAGCCAUAACACAGCCUAGGAUCAUACAGGGAUGGCGACGGUUUACCCAGUUGUCUUGUGUGUGAUACUACUGAACAGCCAGCUGGCCUGGGGAGAACCAGUUUUCCUGCCAGGCCGGGAGGCCAACGGUGUGCUGAGGAGGCAGAGGCGCCACAACACCGGAGCGUUCGAGGAGCUGCUGAAAGGAAACCUGGAGAGGGAGUGUCUGGAGGAGAGGUGUAGCUUUGAGGAGGCCCGAGAAGUGUUCGAGCAUGAUGAGAAAACGAUGGAGUUUUGGGUGGGUUACGUAGACGGGGACCAGUGCAAGUCCAAACCUUGUCUGAACAAGGGUUCCUGUAAAGACCAGAUUGGUUCCUACACCUGUACCUGCCCAACAGGCUUCACUGGGACUAACUGUGAGAUAGUGACAUCCAGGCAGUGUGAGGUAAACAAUGGACAGUGCAGGCACUUCUGUGAGAGCGCCGGCUCCGGUGGAGCACAGUGUUCCUGUGCCGAGGGCUACAAGCUGGCGCCGGAUGGAGUCAAAUGCCAACCAGAGGUGGAGAACCCCUGUGGCAGAGUUUGGAUGAUGGACACGUUGAAGAAGAGGUCAUUACUCCCGCUUCAGGACACCACCUCAGAGGGCAACGCCAGUAGAACAACGUCCCGCAACCAGACCCAGAUCCCAGCGCUGGCCAGUACCACCAACACCACGGCCGCUCUUCGCCCAGCCAAUCCCAACGCGACCAACAGAAUAUCAGCGACGCGCAGCAGGCUCCCUGUUUGGGUGCAGAACCCAGACCCUACCGGGAAGCCGGCACUGGACGAGAACAGCAGCAGAAAACGUAUCGUAGGGGGCAACACGGUCACCCCGGGAGAAAUACCUUGGCAGGUGGCCCUGGUGCAGAGGCCCAGUGGACAGCUCUUCUGCGGGGGGUCCAUCCUCAGCGAGCUCUGGGUCGUCACCGCGGCACACUGCCUGUUAGACGGACGGGAAGGCACCUUCUUCAUCAGAGUGGGGGAGCACAACAUCAACGUCAAAGACGGCACAGAGCGGGACCACGAGGUGGCGAAGCAUGUCAGGCACCCUCUGUACGACGCCAGGCUGAAUCGGCACAACCACGACAUCGCCCUGCUCAGGCUCCGGGUCCGCAUCGCCUACUCCCCCCGCGUCAGACCCAUCUGCCUGGGGCCCAAAGACUUCACAGAGGACCUGAUGAAGGAGGAGUCCCCGGCGACGGUCAGCGGCUGGGGCAAGAUCCGCUUCCAGGGGGCCCCGUCGCACACGCUACAGAAGGUGGAGGUGCCGUUUAAAGACAGGAUGGAGUGCAAGGGAAGCAACCGUCUCCCCAUCACCAAGUACAUGUUCUGCGCCGGUUACGCCAAAGUAGCCAAAGACUCGUGCCAGGGGGACAGUGGGGGCCCCCAUGUCAAUCGUUACUAUGACACCUGGUUCCUGACUGGGAUAGUGAGCUGGGGGGAAGAGUGCGCAAAGGAGGGCAGGUUUGGAGUGUACACUAGAGUGUCACAGUACUAUACAUGGAUACAUCAGGUUAUGAGUGCGGCCAAGGACACAUUGUAGGCUACUUUGGGUGACUCAAACCUGACCUUUGACCCCUAGGGGCUGACAGAGGUCUGUCUUGCACCAGGUCUUCUCAGGGUUCAACACAAUGUGUCCAUUUUGCAUUGAGAGAAAGUUUCUUUCAGCUUCUUACUUCCAUCUGCUGGCGAAGUUAGGUUUUACACGAUACAAAGUACAUUUGUCUGUUCAAUAAAUCUGCAGAAUAAACUCUACAACACAGAACAAAAAUGUAUUACAAUAAAUACUUUAUUUGGUUUAUAUAGCUGUAGCAAAGCUGUACAAAAAUAACAAUAACAAUGACUUUAUAACAGUA